UGGAGGCUGCUGGACGCAUGGGACUACAAUUCAUCUGCUCACACACACAUUGCCUUGAGUGGUCCAGCCUCCUCAGUGUCACGUUUCAGUCCUUUCAUUUGGGAACAGCGUUGGGAGGAGUGCGUCAGUUGUAGGCGUUCACUACGGUUGGGACAAUAUAUUCACAUCACAAAUGUUAUCUUUUGCAGUGGUCUAGUGGUUAGCACAGCUGCCUCUCAGUUGGGAGGUUGCAGGUUCAAAUCUCAGCUCUGGCCUUCCAAGAGCUAAAAAGUGAAACCAAAUGCAGCUAAAACUUUAGAUUCAGUGGUUCUCAAACCUUUUACAUUAAGUACUACCUCAAAAAAUACUUUGUAGUUCCAACAUAAUGACCAACAUGAAAAUACAUUAGCGUACUAGGCCAAAGUGUUCAUCAAAAAAUGGACGAAGGUUUUAUUCCCUGUAUAGUGUUUAAUAUUACUGUAAGCCACUAUGACAUUAUGUGCGGUGUGAACAUCAAAAUUGCUCUUAAACAUAGGAAUUAAUAAAAAUAAAAAAACUACUCAAAUAGUGAUUCAAUAAAAAAUUUACUGCACAUAAAAGUUAAAUAAAAAUUAUACUUAAAUAUUUGAAAACAAACAUUUCUAAAAGACUAAAUGCAAAUGUAUAUUCAUUGACAGUUAAAUAUAACUGAACUGUACUUAACAAAAAUGUACUGUUCUGGAUUUAAAAAAAAAAAAUGUUUAGGCCACUGUCACACUAUGCUCUGUUUGAAAAUUUUAAUUUGGUGAUUCCUUCUUGUACCACUAGAGGGAGCCCGCGUACCUGUGGUGGUACCCGUACCACACUUUGAGAACUGCUGCAUGAUGAUGGUGGUGUUUUGUUUAUUUUACACGACUUUUGGGGUAUUUGACUAAGAACAUUGGACUGUCCAGUAGUACCUUGACUUACGAGUGCCCCAACACAUUUUUUUGGCUUUGUGUUGAGAGUCUAAAUUUGAGGUCAUGGAAUGAAUUAUACUCGUAUGUUAAGGUACAGCUGUGUUUGUAUAUUUUCAGUGUCACACUUGUUUGUGACACUUCCCUAUUCUGUAAAAAAGUGUCGCCUCACCAUAUAUAGUAAAGGAAGUGCUACCGUUCUCUACACCACAUCCUCAUAAAUGUGCGUUGCUUCACUUCCGACUCUGUGACAUUUUAUUUUCCUGAAAGCGCCCCAGUGCUGACAGACCUUUAAUAUUUAAGUUGAGCGCAUUCAUUUAUCCCUUGGCUUCUUCUCUGGAGUUAAACUCUUCUUAAGCCAUCAGAGGAGGUAAGCGGCUUCAAAAAAUACUUUUUUUUGUUUUUGUUUUUUGGUCCAUGAUCUUUUUUUGGAGAAAGGGGAGAAGAAAAACAUCUGAGGCCACACAAAGACUGCAAAGAGGCCAUCGAGCAUCGACAGAGGGGGCGCUAUGGAGGCAGAUGUCUCUCAGAAUCACAACGAAGAAGAAGAAGAAGAACCUGUGGAUGCUGACUGCUUUCAGGUUGUGAGGACGAAGAUGAUCCAGCCGACGUCCCUAAAAGACCCCAGAGUGGAGAAGCUCAAGGAAGCACUGCUGGAUUGGAUCAAUAGCACUCUGAAAGCAGAGCACAUCGUGGUUCAGAGUCUAGACGAGGAUCUCUACGACGGCCUGGUUCUUCAUCAUCUCCUGGCGCGGUUGGCCGGCGUGCGCUUGUCCUUGGAGGAGAUUGCGCUGACCAGCUCGGCUCAGAUCCGCAAGCUGCAAGCCGUCUUGGAGGAGUUGGACAAGCGACUGGACCAGUCGGACACCAAGUGGGACGUCAGCCGAAUCCACAAGAAAGACCUCCUGGCCACUCUCCAUCUGCUGGUUGCCAUGGUGAGAUGUUUCCAGCCCGAGCUGGUGUUGCCCUCCAACGUGAAUGUUCAAGUUGUGGUCAUGGAAGUGCGCAGGAAGGGAAUGCGAUCAGAUGUUCAAACGGAAGUCCUGACGGGGGACAGCACCAAUGUGGAGAACCUCAGCUGCACCGAUGGAGGCGUGAAUCCCGUGGAGCAGCUGCUGAAGCUGGGCGCUCACAAGGUCGCAGUGGUGAAGCAGGCCCUGGUUGACUUCGUAAACAAGAGCCUGGCCAGCCUGGGCCUACACGUGUCCGACGUGGACAAACAGUUUUCCGAUGGUGUGAUUCUGAUGCUGCUGAUUGGACAACUGGAAGGCUUCUUCAUUCCUCUCUGUGACUUCAGUCUGAUCCCCGUCAACAACGAACAGAUGCUGCACAAUGUGACCUUUGCCCUGAGCCUCCUCACUCAUGCAGGCCUGCACGUGUCCUCUGUUCAACCACAAGAUGUCGUCGCUCGGGACGUGGCCGCAACACUGAAGGUCCUCUACGCUCUCUUUUGCAAGCACGCGAGGCAAGAGGAGAAAACGUCUGUUGUGUUUCUGUGAAUUUAAUAGGAAAGCAUCAAGUAAAAUACCACAUUUAUUCCAUUGAAACCAGAUGUACUCAAAAACAAUGUUUCUUCCGCCUUGCUCAACUUGUCUCGGUUAGUAAUGUUCCACCCCAGUCCUGUAGGUGGCAGUUAUUUGCACUGCAAAAGUGUGGUAAUCCCUUAGUUUAUGCUGGUAGAUAGGUCAUUUUCAUAUAAUUUGACCAGUAAUAGUAAGGAAAUGGCCCACUGAAUUUCCUUAUGACAAUCAAUUAAUUUUACCGAUAUGAGCAUUUGAAUUAUUGUCAGUUGUUAUACAUCAAAAGGUCAAUUGUUUCUAAAGAAAAAAAAUAUAUUUCAUAAACUUUUAAUACCAAAAUGUCUUUUAUUGUUAUGUGUCCAAAAUGAUUUGCAACAUGUUUUCUGUUGAUGCUAAUUACAAUUUUGGCUAAAUAA